AUGCCCGUUAGGUCUCACUUUCGCGGACGAGUAUCGGAUGGCGAGAAAGUCAUAAACACCAAGUAUCGAACGCAGUAUAAGUCCCUGUGUCUGGGCGUCAGAGACAGGUAUAGUCUGAGCGUCAGAGACAGGUAUAGUCUGGGUGUCACAGACAGGUAUAGUCUGGGCAUCAGAGACAGGUAUAGUCUAGGUGUCAGAGACAGGUAUAGUCUGGACGUCAGAGACAGUUAUAGUCUGGGUGUCAGAGACAGGUAUAGUCUGGGCAUCAGAGACAGGUAUAGUCUGAGCGUCAGAGACAGGUACAGUCUGGGCAUCAGAGACAGGUACAGUCUGGGCAUCAGAGACAGGUACAGUCUGGGCAUCAGAGACAGAUACAGUCUGGGCAUCAGAGACAGAUAUAGCCUGAGCGUCAGAGACAGGUACAGUCUAGGCAUCAGAGACAGGUACAGUCUGAGCGUCAGAGACAGGUAUAGUCUGAGUGUCAGGGACAGGUACAGUCUGGGCAUCAGAGACAGGUAA